AUGUCAAAUUUAGUUAGAUCUUCGGAAAAGGCUCUCAUAGUGAUCCCUGAGGAAUUCAAAGAAGUUAUAACCGGAAUGUUAUUAGGAGAAGCAUAUCUCCACCUUCCCGCAGGUUGUACUGAUGCCCGAAUACAAAUCAGGCAAAAGGAUAAAGAGUUUGUGGACUUCCUUUAUGGUAAGUUUCAACCUCUUGGCAUUGUGGGUACUGACCCUAAGGAAUCAUCUUCUUUUAAUAAACGCACCGGCAAAAGUUACAUGGCUUUUUACUUUUUACUUUUACUCUGCCAUUCUUACGGAACUCCACAAAGAGUGGUAUCAAAAG